AUGUCCGGCGAUGGAAACUCCAGCAGUGGCGGCAGGCGGCGCUCCGGCGGGUUCGACUUGAACUCGUUCGACGAUUGGGCGAGCAUGUACAACUUUUUGGGUACGGGCAAUCGCUGGGAUUAUCCCAAAUUCUCGGAGAAUUUUUUGCCGCCUGAACGCACUUUGCCCGACUGGCCAAUAGGUGGAGGCUCCGGCAGGAUCGGCGUCAAUGCCGAGGAGGAAGAGGGCGACCACCACGACUUUGUGGGGGACGGCGGCCGUCAUCCAUACAGCGAAAAGGAGAUGUUGGCGCUCUACGACGUUUGGAUCAGAGUCUCGUACGAUCCCGUCGUCGGGAAUCAACAAACCCACUUGUGCUUCUGGAAUAAAGUCACCGAAGUUUACAACGCACGAAGAGCGAAGAAGACCUUUACCCGCAACGUGAAGAUGCUCCGCAGUCACUGGGACCGAUGCGACAAAGAUGUCAAAAAAUUUUGUGCGAUAUACAGGGCAGAAGAGGCGAAUUACCAAAGCGGAGCCAGUGGAGCCGACAUUCUGAGAGCGGCGUUGCGGGUCUUCAAAGACGACGUCGGUAAAGAUUUCAAGUAUGUCGAAGUUUGGUCGCACGUCCACCACCUUGAAAGGUGGGUUGGAGGUGUCGAGUCGGGCUCGGGCUCAAAACGCACAAAGCACACGGCGUGUGGCCACUACUCGUCUAGUGAUGGCGGCGAAGGCAACACCUCACAAGAGGGCACGCCAACCGAUGAUACAGGGGGAGUCUUCUUCCGCUUGGAACAGAGAGAAAAGCUUCAGAAAAAUUGA